AUGCAGACGUGCGAAGGCAGCCCCAUCUUUGACAACCAGUCGGCGAACUGCGAUCGCCGCUGGGCAGACUUGGAUUCGGACGCAGAGGAUGAGAUAGCAGAUAUGUACGACCGCGAAGAGGCAGUGACCACCCAUGCUUGCUGGACAUGUCACCAAGCGCCUGGAGCUUUACAGUUUUAA